AUGGCGCUGGUUUUCGGGUUCACCGGAAGCACCGAACUUUCCGAAAUCUCUGCUGCCGUGAGCGGGGCGGGAGGCGACGUCGCCUUCGGCAAUUACGCCCUUCUGGUGGGAGUUGUCCUGCUGGUGGCCGGGUUCGGAUUCAAGAUUUCCGCCGCGCCCUUCCAGAUGUGGUGCCCGACGUUUACGAAGGAGCUCACGCCGGUGGUGGCCUUCCUGUCGGUGGCCAGCAAGGCGGCGGGAUUCGCCGUGCUGUUCAGGGUGCUGUUCACCGGUUUCUUUGAUGUGUCACUGGACUGGGCGGUGCUGAUAGCGGUCCUUGCCGCCGCAUCCAUGAGCAUCGGCAAUGCCGUGGCCAUUGGCCAGAGCAACAUCCGCCGCCUGUUUGGAUACAGCACCAUCGCCCAUGCCGGCUACCUGCUGGUAGGAGUUGCCGCCGGGGUGAAUACGGCCGGUGGCCUCCCAGACGCGCCGGUCUUUGCCUCCAUUGGCCUCAACAGCGUGCUGUUCUACCUUGUCGCAUACACGGCCACCAACCUCACUGCGUUUUUUGCCAUAGCCGCCAUCGGCGAGAGAGUGGGCAGCGACCGGAUCAGCGACUACGCGGGCCUGUUCGCUCGCUCCCCGGUGCUGGCGAUGACGCUGGCCCUGGCACUAAUCGCGCUCAUCGUGGGCCGCCACUGGAAGUUUCAUCGGCCGGGUGCCAAACUGUAUGUGUUCACCGCCGCCGUUGACAGCGGACUGGCCUGGCUGGCGAUUGUAGGUGUGGUCAACAGCGCGGUGUCGGCUUACUACUACAUACGGAUCAUCCGCAUCAUGUUUCUGCAGCAGGCUUCGGUGUCACCCGGAGCGCCCCCGUCUCGCAGUCCCGCGCCCUGGGCUGCACUGGCGGUUGCGGCAGCUGUGCUGGUAUUCCUGGGGGUGGCUCCCGGCUUCGUGCUCGAGGCGGCGGGUGCCGCUGUCAGCGCACUGGGGGUAUAA